GAGAGAGAGUGAGUGAGAGUGACCCACUGACAAGCUGUUGCUUUACAAUCAGGAAAUAGAAACAUUUGGCAUCUGGGGGACCUCUUAAGACACAAGCCUGGGGGACGAGUGAAGGUAAAAUGCUGUUAAAUUUCAUACUAAACACUACUAAUAGAAUCAUGUUUAACACCAUUUAAAAGGCGGACUGUAAUCAUUUUAAAGGUACUAGAGUAAUAUAGGGCCUCUAUUGAAGCUGUAUAGUUACUCAUAUGUAUUUGCAUCAAUGGUAUGGUGACACUGACCAUGCUUUAACAAGACGUUCAUACAGAUGUUUGAGCCAAACUACAAAAUUUAAUAUUAGAAUAUUUUUGAGACAAUAUAAAAAUAACAUUUGAAGCACUGACAGGAAAAAUACAUUCAAAGUGGUGAUGUAGAGAUCGUGAACAUCAGUCAAAAUUAACCGAUUUCCAAUUUAGCUUAAUUUCGACCCGUAAAACAAAAAAAUAUAUAUAUAUUUAAAAAAGAAAGAUUCCUCAAAAGUUUGUCUCUGCUUUUUAGCUUUUUGGGUGCAUCUUGUCAUACGUAUACUAUGGUUGUACUUAGACGCUGAUGAACUUCUUUCAUUGGAAAUUAAAGUUGUAAAAUCGUUGAUAUUAUAUCAAUAUUAUCAGUAUUUGUUAUUUUGCCAGAGCUGACAUUUGUUACACUGCUGGCUGAAAACUUGUUGGUAUCAAAAUUUAUCAAAUGCGCUAAAAAUGAACAAACUCAAGACAAAAACUUUUGAGUCUUAGUCUCUCAAAGGUGAAAUUUUUGGAUGUAGGACAUCUUAACUGUAAGGGUAAUGAUAAUUUUAAUUGCUCAAUUUCAUUCAACUACAAACUUAAACUUAUAUGCUAAAUAUUUAAUGCAAAUUCACUAGAAUGUUGCAUAAACUUGCUCUAAAAGUUUUGACUUACUCAUUUAUUUCAUCUUUUUUUAAAGAGAUUUAACACACACCGUUAAUAAUAAAACAGUUUCACAGAUUAUACUUAGAAACACUCAAACAUAAUCAGUGCAUCGUGAAUAAAAAUAUGUGUUCACGCUGAGAGAUUUCUGCUGCUGCUGCAUAUUAAUAGUUGUUUUUAGCCCUUUCCUUUUUUUCGCACUUUGGUUAUAUCUUAACUAAAUGUGCAAAUAAAACAUGAAAGCACAUUUUCCACUUCCUCUUAUGUGGAUGGGUUUGUGACAAUCGCAACCAUGAAGUAAAACUAGAAAGAGACUCUCAGGAGGCAGUGUGGCACAUCGUAAGUGAUUUUUUUACUCUUUUAAUUUAUUUUAUUUUUAGCCUCUGGCAUGAAUUCAAAGAGCAGACUGUGCAGCGGGAGGAGCGGAGACUGAGGGGUUUGAAUAAAGCUCAUCAGGUAAGAACAAUUUAAUAACACUCUGUGGUUGCAUGAGGCUUUUAAAAGGAAGUAUGAGCUGUGAUAUUUGAUAUAAAAUUAAAUAUAAAGUAACGUUUGACAUAAAAAUGUUGUCAAUAGCAUGGACUUGAACUAUAAGAUGUUUCACCGUACAUUCACAGGAUGGGCUGUGCUUGCAGUGGCCAGAAACAAGAGAAUGAAAAGCUCCACAAAGGAAAACACAACUCUCAGGCCCUCCAGCUGUCCAACCACAUCGUAAGUAGACAUCAGUAAGAAAAGAGCUGCAUUGAAUGUCACUGGAAAUUCAAGUAGUUUACUAUCAUUUCACUGCUGAUGCAAACACUGAUGGUGUUUGUUUGUUUUUUUGAGGUCAGAAUGAGGCAUCAGUGUUAAUGCAAUCUGCUGAACUACUAGUAAAAAACUCCUUACAUGAGCUUUAAAACAAAAAGCUCAUAAAUGGUUUGCUUGAGUAAAAAAACGACUAAUUAAAACUUCAUUUUCUCCUCUUCAGGGGCGAAGUGGAAACGCAUAUUUGGAAAACGGUAAUUACUGAACUCAAUGGAUGCUGCAAACUUUCUGUUGGGUACAAAAGGGUGUUCAUAUGUGGUCAGCGGCUGUGGUAGAGAGACAUCAGCAGCAGUGAGAUGAGGCUUCACUUAGCGAUUCAAAUCUAAGUUGUAAUUCCUCUGUUCUUUUUUUUUUUUUUCUGGGUAGACAGUGAGAUUAUACACGAAAAGAAAGUUGUCAUGUCACUUAAUCAGAAUAGAAACUUUAAAAUAAAUGAAAAGGGGGAAAUUGGGAGGCUGUACUUUGAGUGACCCUUUGUUUUAUAUAUAUUAGCUUGAAUGUCCGGAAUAGCAGCUAAAUACAAGAUUAAAAGUGGAUGAAAUCUAAGAUGAGGUCUAUUUACAGUCAAUUUAACUAAAUUGUUCCCAGCACAGGCUUUUUAAGGCUAACUGUGUGCUCUGCUUGCUUCUAGAUGAAGUUUUGUUUGUGGCGCUGCAUGACUUCAAAGCGACAAACGACAGUGAUCUGCCUUUCAAAAAGGGAGACAAACUCAGGGUUUUACAAGAGUGAGUAGCCUCAGCUGAACACGACAUGAAUCCAGCUACUGAAUACCCAAAUAAAUCUUCUGCCAUGUUUGUCUGCAUGUAGAAACGGAGAAUGGUGGGUGGCUCAAUCGUUGUUGACUGGACAGGAGGGCUUCAUACCCUCCAAUUAUGUCGCUCGAGCAGACACACUGGAGGUGGAGAAGUAAGAGACAAUUUCACACACACUGUCAGACAAGAGUGGUAACAUUUUAUGGACUAUUAAAGCGCCUGUGAGGAGCUGUAUGUCUUUGUCAGUUUUGGCCUCUCCUGCGGACAAAACAGUCUUUGCCUUUGUUACAUGCUUAAAUAGAGCCGUCUUAUGAAGAAGUCUUAUCCUACUGACUUUUGAUAAUCACGCCUGUCAUUUAUUGUAAAUUACUGUAAAACAUUACUGUUUCUGCUACUGCCCAGCUGGUACCUACCACCUCACACUAAUUUCAGGAUCUUAUUUUUACAAUAUAAAAAUUGUUAGUCUAGUUGCUGAUAGUCUUCUUUGCUCCUCCAUAUCAUUAAAAAAUAAAAUAAAAAAAUAGAUAAAUAAAAACUCCUUAUAGAAGCUUUACGUCCAUAUAAAAAUAUAUUUUACUGAAAACAACUAAAAUCUAAAUGAACAGUAACAUCCUGUCCUGGCAGUACUGUUUGCAGUAAUUUAUGUUCAAAUUUGCAGCCCACCUAUUGUUAUUUAUCCUAAACUAUGUAAUAUUUUAGAAUCAUAAUAAUAACAAUAAUAAUGAUAAUAAUAUGUGAUUGUAAAAUGCUGUAUUUUUCUGAAUUUACAGUUGACCCCUAUAGGCUGCAGCAUUUGCAGUUAUUUACCCUUUUUUUUUCCUUUGUAAGGCUUCUGAAAACUUAUUGCACAGUUUAAAGCUGUUAUAAUGCAAAUAUUUAUUAUAAUAUAUGUUAUAUCUUGUUGGAUUAUCAGACUACUGGUGACAGCAGAUUAAGGUUUAAACUGUAUUUUGCAAUGACACUUGAAUUUGAUCAAAAUUAAAGCUUAAAUAGGCCCUCUAUUUUUGUAUAUUUAUAUUUUUUAAAUAAAAGUACUAUUACAAUCAUCAGUAACAUAGCACUACCAUUCAGUGUUUCUGGGGUCUUUCCUCUGCAGGUGGUUUUUUAAAGACUUGAGCAGAAGAGAGACUGAACGGUUGCUUUUAGCACCAGGGAACAAACCAGGUGCCUUUCUUGUCCGGGAAAGUGAAACGUCUAAGGGUGAGCACACACUAUCAGUCUAUCGUAUGUGAUUUAACAACGUGUUUUGAUAUUCUAGCUGAAGUGCAUCUCACAAGAACAAAUAAGCGAAACUUUUCAACUAUUUUCUGAGCCUUAAUGCAUCUCUCUGUUUCCCUCUCAGGGUCUUUCUCUCUGUCGAUCAGAGAUAAUACACCAGAACAAGGUGAUGUAGUUAAACACUACAAGAUCCGCUGUCUGGACAAAGGUGGAUAUUACAUCUCGCCCUCCAACACAUUCUCAUCCCUACAGGACUUGGUCAAAUACUACAGCCGUGAGUGACACAUACAAGCCACACUACGGAAACACAAAUCUGACAGUGUAUAUUUGUCGAAAUUGUACUUAAAAAUAACGUAUUGCACUUUAUGCAAAACCACACUGAAUGACAAGUUCAGGUAUGAAAUCUUAUUUCAUUAUAAUAUAAGUAAAAAAUUAAGCACAUGAUUGAUCAAGAGUAUUUUGGUUCUUUGACCUGAAACUAGGGAAACACACUUUGUUAAAUUUGAGUUUUCAUAGUGCUUAUGACCAUUUUAAUUAUUCACAAAACCCUGUGACUUUUCUUAUGAAAUUACAUAAUUGAAAUAAAAUCUGGACCGCAUUUUCAAAUGUUUUCUAAUUAAAGAAAAUUUUAAUCAGAUUUGUUACCUGCUAUGUAUUAAAAGACGUCUACACGAGCACUAAAUAAAAAGUAAAAAGUCAGCCCUCUGUGGUGCACUGUGCAUUUCCUGUGUGUGAUGAGAGAUAGUCUUUCCCCUCCAGUAACUCCACCACAAGAUAAGGUCAGAUCUCUUAAAAUGGCUGCUAAAGUGCACAGCAACUCAGAAGAUACAAAGAGAGCGAGCAUACGCAGAUUUAAGUGGACACAUUCAUCGGCUGCUGAACUUGAAAACAGCUGAGAAAUACUGUGGAUUAAGUGUGCAUGUGUGAUGUUUGUGCGCAGGGACAGCAGAUGGUUUAUGUCAGCGUCUGUAUGCCCCCUGUAAGCUCACAGCCCCCCAGCAGCCGUGGGCACAAGAUGAAUGGGAGAUUCCCAGAGAGACCCUGAAAAUGGUGAAGAAGCUAGGGGCUGGACAGUUUGGAGAAGUGUGGAUGGGUACGAGAAAACUCACCAUUUUCCUUGCUUUAAAUGUCAUUUUUUAAGCCACAGUAACUGAUAACAGAGAGAGUCAAACCCCUUCUUUGAAUCCCUGCUGCAGGUUACUACAAAAACAACCAGAAAGUCGCAAUCAAGACCUUGAAGGAGGGAACGAUGGAACCUGAGGCCUUUCUCCAGGAGGCCAACCUGAUGAAGAAGCUGCAGCACGACCGCCUGGUGCGCCUCCAUGCUGUGGUCACAAAACAGCCCAUCCUCAUCGUCACUGAGUUCAUGGUCAACGGUGAGAAGAGUUACAUGUAUGAAGGAGAAGGAGUUAUGCUGCCUGUGUAUCCUUUAGUUUGCACAUCCUGCGUCCAGAUCAUCACAGGUGUAGUUGUGAAUAUAUUUGACUGUGCGCUUAGUGUGUUGUUGAAGGAUACCUCAAGAGAGCACACCAUAUAAAGCUCUGGCUUUGUUUAAAGUUCCACUCGGAUGGGUUUUUUUUUUUGUUGUUUUUUUUACUACUUAAAAGUGUUCUCAGUGGUCUUAAAUUGCCCAAAUCACAUUACCUGUGUCAUCUUGAAGGGCUUUUCUUCUGCAGAGCUCCAGUAGCCCACUGAGCAUUUUUUUUUUGGUCUAAAAGAGGUCUAAUAGACGUCUAAAUGCAGCCUAGACGACUGGUCUAAAAUCAAGCUACCACAGGUCUAAAAAUGAAAGUUUUUUAAGACGUCUAAAUUUAGACUAAGUUUAGACUAGAUCUAAUUCUGGGCUAUAUCUAUACUACACUGUAUAUUGCUCAUUGGCUAUCAUAACUAUUUUGGUUAAGUACUUGGAGGUCAGUUAUGCAACUCAUAGUUGCUUUUUUAAAUAAAUAGUUAAUGAAUAAUGGGUUAAAGUGCAACGUCUAAACUCCAUCUAAAAAUAUACAGAAUCUAGAUGGUUGAAAUUAGGUCAAAUAAAAAAACUAUACUGAAAAGCUGUCCAUUGCUCAGUGGGAGCUCAUGAGCAAUUUGCCUCUGAGUCGUGGGUGGAGACAGCGCUGUUCUGCACACUGCUCUUCACGCUAGCUUGCAGCCUAACAUUGCCGGUGGAGUAGAAGUGGCAGGUAACAUAGGAGACACUAAUCAGGCAUUAUUGUCUUUGAGGACAUGAUGAAAGUUAAUAUCAUAAUUAGCUUUUUUACGGGCAUUGCAACCCACUAACGCACGUGCUUGUUCUGCGGUCGCCCUCUCUACUUUUCCGAGUCUGGCCUGCAUAGUGGGACUCCUGGGAUGGAGCUUGGAUUUGUUACAUAGGAAAUCUCACUGUGUCUGAACCUACCGUUUGGGUCUGCCAGAGGUUCACAGCGAUUUGAAUGAAGAAAUACUCAGAAAUGCAACUUUGCACUUAUUUUUCUCAUGAUAUGUCCUGUAGCAUCAGAAAAAGUCCAUAUGAACAUGUAAACAACAAGAAAAACAUGUUUUUCAUCAGAGUGGGUCUUAUCUACCGAGUGUGUGGUGCAAAACUUACAGUUAUGUUCGUGUUAAUGGUGAGAGCAAGGCAGGAAAAGCAGCUGCAGAGACACUGAGGGCAUGUAAGGCUGCUAAGUCUAAAUCAAGCCUGAUGGCAAAGUGGCGAGUUUGUACAGCAAUUGUGAAGUUAAUUCGUAAUCUUGUUCCUCUGUCGCAUGUGUUCUGCCUCUACAUGAGCUCUGCUGCUCAUAUACAUAAUACAUCAUGUGUUUGCAUCACAUUAAUGUCUGAAGCAGUGGUUACUGUAGUGCGCAGCAAAGGCAUCAAAGUAAAAUGUAGCCGCUGCCACACAGUCACAUACAGUAUUUGUGGUCAACAGCAAGUAUAUCUCUGAAUUAAAAAUAAUUUUUGCCUGAAAAAUGACAAAAUAUAAGGCCCUACUUCUGAUAAAUGAUUUUGUUGUUGUUGUUGAAUAUGGGUACGAAAUUGUGCCAGAUUGUGGCUGCAAAACUACACUCAGGACAGACCAGAGAUAAAGUUGGGGUCAGAGCUGAAGUGGAUUAGGUGUUUAAGGUGCAAAGGCAAAAGGUAAAAAGCCAGAGUGUUAAAAUACUACAGAGCAGGUGUGAAUGCUCACUUUUGCACAAAAUUUGCAUUAACUGACAGAUUUGUACUAGACUAUUGCACACAGAAGAUUUCAUGUAAUAAUAUUGCACUUAAGUUGCAUGCAUAGAUUGUAUUAAUGCACCCACUGAUCAAACUCUGAUUGUCUGUGAUCACAAAUACUGCCCACUUAGACACUUUAUGAGUUUUUUUAAGACUCCUCUGUACAUGAAGGCUUGUGUUCAAUUUUUUUUUUUGAAGGUGUGAGUUUAAGGCUUGUAGCUGCAACAUCAAUAUUGCAAGAGCAUCACACCCAGUUUGCAGGUGCCAGACAAAGCUGCUGUUUUAUGUCCACUUGCUGCAAGAACUCUAAGAAGUUUCUCGGGCACUUAAAUUCCAGAGAAAACCGUGUUUCAUUUCUCAUGAUGACACAGUUGUACUUCUCUUUUACAGGGAGUCUGCUGGACUUUCUAAAGUCAGAUGAGGGGAGGAAACUGAAGCUGAAGAAACUGAUCGACAUGUCAGCACAGGUAGGGAAUGAUGGAAUUAAAUCUAACGGACUUCUACAACAUCAUCUCUAUGAAUUCACAGAAAAGAACACUUUAUUGCUGAUAGAAGAAGCGUUAAUAAUGCAGCACAUUAAUUCACAGAUUUCUGCAUCCUCUGCCACAAACACAAGCCCCUGCCUUCGAACUAACCUCAGAGUCUGUUUAUAGUCUAUUUUUACACCCCAGCUAUCUGCUCUACACUGGCAAGCACUGAGAAUGUGUGUUAUUGUAUGUGCUUUGACACCAGGCAUCAUGUGAAAACUGUUCGCAGUAGCUGUGUGGUUCUUGUGGUGGAGUUUGUGCUUGUCUGGUUUGAAAACCUCGCCCUACGUCAAUUAUUAACAUCCGGACAGGAAGUCGUGCAAUUUUCCAUCCACAGCAAGCUCCCCCUACCACUCUUUCCUCUCCAAAAAAAGCUUUUUCACUUCCUGAGGGUUGGCACAACCGGGUUAAAGCCGAUGUGCUGCUAUUAUCAUACAUAAAAAGAGGAGUUUACACCCAGACUGCAGCUGCACAUUUGCAUAUGCUCUACAGAGAGUUCUGUACACACAAACAGAGGAAACAAACAUAUUCAGCGUGUCUGCUCAUUUCCAAAUCAUUCUGUGGUUUCAUUCGGCUUUAUGUAACAAACUUCCAAGUAUAUCAAAGAACUUAAAAGUUAAUCGCCUAAUUUUCUUACGUAUAAUCUCUUUCCUUCCUUCCACUCUCACAGAUAGCUGAGGGCAUGGCGUACAUUGAGAAGAACAACUACAUCCACAGAGACCUGCGUGCAGCCAACAUUCUGGUCAAUGAAACCCUGCACUGUAAGGUAGCAGACUUCGGCCUGGCCAGGAUCAUCGAGUCAGAAUACACAGCUCAUGAAGGUGCAGUAUGAGCAAUAACUACAUGCAUGGCUGCAACCCUUCACCAAACCUACAUUUGCUGAAAGAAAGCAAAUUGUGUCUUCAUCUUUAAAGGGGGAAGUUGUUGCCCUUCACUAGCAACCUUUAGGUCAAAACUGCUGCAUAUUUAUGAGUUACUCAGUCAAAAGUUACCUAUAAGAAGUGAAUUCAGACAACUGACAGUACACAGAUGGCUUAUCUGUUAGUCAGCCAGUUGGUAGAGCUCUAAAUGUUUUCACCUUCCCAGUAAAUAACCACUAUAGGUCAUGAAGCCCAUCUUCAUGAUAUCCAAUCGGAAAAAUUAAUUUCACGUUUAGCGUUAAAAGUUGCCCAGUUAAAAAAAAUAGUAACCGACUUGUGAAGUAGUUAUGUCUUAGAGAUUUAUAGAGAUGUCGUAAUAGAAACAGUGUAGCUCAAGCUUUCCACUGUUUCAUACGCACUAUUAAAAAUCACAUAUCACAAGAAUGACAAAUAUAAAUAGCAGUGUGGCGCUGCUAAAUUAAGAACAAAAUAACCUUUUAAUCAAAGCGAUGCAGCGAUCAUGCGUAGGCUGGGUUCCGAUGACGACAAAUCACAAACUCAAACCACAAGCUCGCCCUGCAUACUUCUAUCAAAUAUUUGUACGUGUUUUUGAACUUCCUAGAUAAAGAGAUGCUUCAUGUCAAGGACAAUUCAAUCCAGUUUAAAUUCAGUUCAAUUUGGCAUUGCUACAUUGAACACUGUGAAUGGUAAACUGCUGUACUUAAUGUUAAAUUCCUAAUUUUUUAGCUGGUGGCAUGAGAACAUGUGCUUGAAUUGCCAAAUUAGCCCAAACUCCAUGGUGGCUCCUUGUUGUUUUGGUUCACACAGAAGGAAAGUGAGGUAUUAAGAUAAUUUCUGAGCCAACAUUGACUCCAGAGUACAUCACCAUUCUGUAAUGUCAGCACUCUCUUGGCAAAGGGAGAUUCAUGUCGGAAGUGCAACUGCUGGAAACAAUCAAACAACUUUGGAGGUCCUAUCUCUAAGAAAUGGAACAGCAUCUAAGGCUAAAGCUCAAACAUGCAUCCUUUUUCCUGAAGAUGUCCAAAAGCACUUCAAUCAGCCUAUAAAACAACCUCCAUUCAUUAUCUGCAGCUGUUUUUAUAGGAAAAAUAUUCAAAUGUGCUGAGAACUGUACUCUCAAUGCAGCGUUUCUAUUCUAAAACCAGAGGUGCAUCAUCUCCAAACACUUUUUUAAACUUUGAUAGAAAUGAGUCAGAGAGAUCUGAUUUUUCGGCUAAAUUAGGUAAAUAACAAGCUUGAAAAUUCAAUAUUUGCAUCAAAAGAGACAAAACAACAAGGGCUGCUGAAGAGAGUGCAGAGCUGUCGUUUAUUCUAAUCAGCUAAUCAACUCUGUCUCAUCUCAGGAUGUACGCUGUCAUAUCACACAACGAAAAGAGGAAUUAACAAAUUCUCAAGAACACGCCUACAGAUUUUCAGUUGUUACCACCCAGUAGAAAACACAACUCACUGUUAUCUAUUUUCCACCGCUUUUCUCACCCUUUUUGUGACAACUAGGGGCCAAAUUUCCCAUCAAAUGGACCGCUCCAGAGGCCAUCAACUUUGGCACCUUUAGCAUCAAAUCAGACGUGUGGUCUUUUGGGAUCCUGCUGACAGAGAUAGUCACUUAUGGAAGAGUUCCCUACCCAGGUACACGGACUAAGAGAAAAAGACAUCACUUAUAUAUGAGACAAUAAAUGUGCUCAAUCUUAUGUUGACUGCAUUUUCCCCUGAUCAGGUAUGACAAACCCAGAGGUGAUCAGGUGUCUGGACAGGUUGUAUAGGAUGCCGUGUCCUGACAACUGCCCCGAGGAACUCUUUGACAUUAUGAUGAUGUGCUGGAAGCAGAAACCUGAGGACCGUCCCACCUUUGAGUUCCUGCAGAACACUCUCAAUGACUUCUACAUCGCCACAGAGGGACAAUAUGAGAUGCAGCCGUGAUUAAAGCAAAAGUUCCCUGAUGAUAUUGAGAAAUGUGAGACUCAAAUGAAAGAGGAGGACAAAUCAAAUACCCUUCUUUGUAACCGAUUCAGUUCCUCUAUAAUGCACUUAGUAUAUUUGAAAUGGACACUUUUUACACCUUCUCUGAAGGAAUGCAAAGGAUAUUUAUGACUUUAAUGGAGUUCAUCUUUAAAUAAAUAAGAUGCAGCAGGAAAUCUUUAACCAAAAAGGUUAAUUUCACAUCUGCAGCAGCAGCAACCAUGGAAUAUUAGGGUACAUCAUAAAGACUAUGCAGUAUAAAAUGCAUAUGAGGAACUCAGAAAUGUUAUUAUAGUACAUGCUGAAAUGUAAAGACUUUGGACAGGGGGAAGUUUACAGAGUUUUUUUUUUUUUUGUUUUUUGCUAGGUAUUGAAACGAGCAGCCUGAGAUCACAUGCACAAUAUUUUGCACUUUUAUACAUUCAGCAAAUGAAUACAGAGGCUUUUUGAAUAGAAAAAAAUACAUACAAAUACAUAAAAAUAAUUGUUACUAACAUCUUGGCUUUUUGUAUAAAGCUCAGUCCAGCUGGUUUUGAUUGCAGUGCCAUAAAUAUUUUCACAUGCAUUUUAUAGCAAGGUUCAGCUACCACAACCAGUUUUUCAUGUAUUUUUAUUCUUUCAGUUGGUCAUUUUUUUAUACACUCUGCAUAAAUUAUCAUUAACACUUUGUUUGCUCAAUGACAUUUCUAAUAUGUGUAUCAGAGUAAUGUUAGAGAGUAGAACAUGUUAUAUAAGAAGAAAGGAUAAGGGCCUGUGUCUGCUAACAGCUGAUGUCAUGCUCACAGCCCAAAUUUCUAAACCAGGUUUUCAGCACCCAACAUCUCAAGUGCAAAAAAAGGCC